AUUAAAUAUGAAUCGUGAUUCAAACAGUAUAGUGGCAUCAUUCAAUGUAAAUAUAAUAUUCACAUCAGUCAGCUGCAACAUUAGGAGGUGACGAUGAAACAUGUCUAUGAAUCAGUGUGUUGAUAAUAAUCCAGUUAUUAACAUUGACUUUCUUACUAAUGUAAAUAUUAAAGGUGUAGUUACUCUGUGUUUUCACUCUGAGAUCUUAAUGACUUCAGGUUCAGUAUAAAUCUGUUAAAACGACAUUAUAAUAUUUCUAUUCUAUAUUUUACUUAAAUGAUAUGGAUUAAAAUCAACGGAUUGUAUAAACAAGUGAUUCAUUCAGACGUUUGAAUGAUUAAUCGAUUAUUGGAAUUAUUAUCGAUCGCUGUGAUCUGAGGUGUGUCCUCGAGCCGCCAUGUUCUCCGGUGACGUCAUCAAACGGGAAGUGAGCUCCUUGUUGUUGUGCUGUCUGCGGAGCGGGAAGCUCGCGAUCUGAAACAACUCUUCCUCCUCUUCCUCCUCGCGGACCAUGGACGGGUGAGCGCGGAGAACGUCCCGCAUCUUUUUUCCCGCACGUCCCGCCUGUUUUUCUUCUUCCUCCCUCGCGUUUCCUUGGUGAUCGGACCGCACCUGCGCGAGCCUCCGGCGUCAACCCUCGCGCCCGUUUGUUGUUGUUUACCUGUUUACUGCAACAUUUCCCGCCACAGAACCGCCCCGGUUUCCCGUUUCCCGCGCGGUCCAGCUCCCUCGGUUCCCUUUUGUGUUUUUGUUUUGGUGUAACGAGCGAACAGUGACGGCUGAGAUCCCGCGAUAACUGCGUGUUCUCGUGCGGGGCAGAGUGCGGAAGCGGAGACGCGAUGUUCCUGUUGCUCUGAGCUGGAUCGUGAAACAUCGAGUCGAAUAAUCGAACAAUAAUCGAAGAUCAGAGAACAAACAGUAAAACACCGGGCGGCCAUUUUAAUUUUUCAUUGAUUCAUCGUUCAGUCUGAAACUUAUUUGACUUCAUUGAUUCAGUUUGAACGAAUGAAAACAAAUAUUCUGUCACCAAUCAUAUUAAUGAACCGGUGUUUCCCCAGUAAAGAGAACGUUGAGUUUAUGAACCGACUCGUCGAUUGUGAGGCGUGAACCUCGUCUCUCAGCCGCUCUGCGAACAUGAGCACUGUCAACCUGUCCGCAGUGGAUGGCUCUGAUAGGCCGUGUGUUUCUGAGCGAGCCCAGUCUGUCCCGUCUCGGGUCCUUCACCUGCGCCAUCUUCCUGUUGAUGUCUCUGAACAGGAAGUGCUCGCUCUGGCGCUUCCCUUUGGCAGAGUUAGUAAACUAAUCACACUGAGAACAAAGAACCAGGCAUUUUUAGAGAUGGCCUCAGAGGAAGCUGCUGUUACCAUGGUGAACUACUACACCUCAGCCACACCCACAGUCAGGAACCAGCCAAUCUUCAUUCAGUACUCCAACCACCGCGAGCUCAAGACCGACAAUCUGACCAAUCAGAGAGCUCAGGCAGCGCUGCAGGCCAUCAAUGCAGCAGCAGUGCAUUCUGGGAACAUGGCAACAGGAGGGGAGGGUCGGGGCUUAGUCCCGGGUCAGAGUCCCGUCCUGAGGAUCAUCGUAGAGAAUUUAUUUUACCCGGUGACGCUGGAGGUUCUGCAGCAGAUCUUCAGUAAGUUUGGUUCUGUGUUGAAAAUCAUCACGUUCACCAGAAACAAUCAGUUUCAGGCUCUGCUGCAGUUUAGUGAUGCUGUGCACGCUCAGCACGCCAAGGCUUCUCUGGACGGUCAGAACAUCUAUAACAGCUGCUGCACACUCAGGAUCGACUUUUCCAAACUGAGCGCGCUCAACGUCAAAUACAACAACGACAAGAGCCGAGACUUCACCAGAGCCGACCUUCCGACCGGCGAGCUGGAGCCCGCCGCUGCAUUUGGUGUAGCUCUCCCUCCAUACGGAGCAGCUGCUUUCCCGCCUACCUUCCACCAGCACCCAGGUUUGUCGAUGUCGGCCAUCCCUGGCUCGUUGGUGUCUCCGCCUCGUGUUACAUUGCAGGUAGCGCCUCCUGCUGUCCACUCGGUGCUGCUGGUGUCUAACCUGAACCCAGAGAGCGUUUCUCCGCACUGCCUGUUCAUCCUGUUUGGUGUUUAUGGGGACGUUCAGAGAGUGAAGAUCCUCUUUAAUAAGAAGGAAAAUGCUCUGGUUCAGAUGAGCGAUGGAACUCAGGCUCAACUGGCAAUGAGUCACCUUAACGGCCAGCGUCUCCAUGGUAAUGUCAUUCGGGUGACGUUGUCCAAACACCCAGUGGUGCAGCUGCCUCGCGGGGGGGCGGGGCAGGAAGAGCAGACGUUGACUCAGGACUUCUCAGGCUCCGCCCUCCACCGCUUCAAAAAACCUGGAUCCAAAAAUUUUAACAACAUUUUCCCUCCGUCAGCGACGCUGCACCUCUCCAACAUCCCCUCGUCGGUCAGUGAAGACGCGUUGAAGGAUUUAUUUUCCUCCGGUGGAUUCACCGUCAAAGCCUUCAAGUUUUUCCAGAAAGACCGGAAGAUGGCUCUUAUGCAGCUGGCGUCGGUGGAGGAGGCCAUCGAGGCUCUGAUCACUCUGCAUGACCACCAGCUGGACCACAACCAGCACCUCCGGGUCUCCUUCUCCAAGUCCACCAUCUGACCUUUGACCCCUGGGCCCUGACAGAUACAUGUGAAGUGGCCCCUGGUCUGUCGGCGGUGUUCACCUUCAGGUGUAGUCAGCUCAUAGCCUGUUAGCCUCCCAUUUAGCUAUCACAGCUUUUAGCUUGUUAGCUUUGAUUGUAACUUUCACAAUGAAAGUAGAGGCAGAAGAACCGUAGUUCUUCUCCUGCGCUCCACGUCAUGUAUCAGAAAGUCGACUGAGUCUGAGUCGUGUUAAUUAAGAAGUUUGUUGAAUCUUUGACGGGGUGUAAAUCACCAGCACCGACCUCAAACGUAAAAAUUAUAAAAAAUAUAUGGGAUAUUUUUAUCAGGUAAAUUACAGUUUAAUAUUUCUUACAAAUCUUUCCGCCCAUCUGCAGCUACUAGCAUAAAUGUCAAGUCACGUGGAGGCUAGAGGUCAAGGCUAACAUGCUAAUAUUUAACAUUGCAGCUAAUGGUCUGAUAGCAUGUUAGCAUCAGUGCUGAAGUCAUGAUGCCCUUUGUGAUGUCACAUCCUCUCUGGACGAACCCGUCAUCUGACCUUUGGCUUUUGGAGCUGACUACCGAAUCAGACUGUAAAGAAUUCUGAUUGGCCUGUGGGGACCAAUGGUUGAACCCCGACACACAAACCAUCUGUGCCGACACAUGAUGUCACAACAAUGGGUCGUUUCCAUGGUUACAGUGGUUACAGAGCACAUUCCUGAACAAACUGUGUAGCAAUGCAUAGUGGGUUGUGGAGUCCACCAAGGAGCUGUUGUGAGUUAAACUUUUUGUUGAUGAACGUGAUGUAGAAAAGAAAUCAGGAAACAUUUUUUAAAGUUAAAAAGAAAAAUUUCAAAGUAAAAGCCCAAAGUAAUGGAGGGAUUUUAAUGUUCCAUUAUUUUGUAGUUAAUUUAUAUUUGAAUGACUCGGCAUGAUCAAUAAUUAUUUUAAACCUGUCGCAACUGAACUUAUUUAUUUAGUUUAGUUUUUAUUUUUCCUCCUGUCUUCAUUUUACUGUGAACAUUUGAAAUCGUAAACAGUUUCAGAACAGUGACGUGUCUGUUUGGUUACCAUGACGAUGAUUAUUAUUUUAUUGUAUUAGUUUAGGUUGCUGCGAUCUCUGCGAUCUUUCUUCUGUGCCUUAAUUUUUCUCAAUUACUUUUUUUUUUUUACAUUGUGUUCCUUUUUUUUUUCGUAGAAAAUAUUUUCAUGUAGUUAAAAUAUUUUUAGUUUUAUCGGUGUUUUUAUUUUGGGGGUUUGUUUCAAUUUUGAAUGUGUUUGUACUGAAAUAGUUGAUGACUCUAUGCCCCGCCCAUCUGUCGCACCUGUGUUUCUGUGUGUGUGUGUGUGUGUGUGUGUGUGUGUGUGUGUCAGUCUGACCCCUGAUUGGUUAAUCCUCAAAUGUCACACCCUCUUUUUUUUCAAUAUAAAUAUAUUUGAUUUAAAUUUCGAUUUUUUAAGAAUCAUGUUAUCGCAUCGGUUCACAAAGAAAACGUUUUCUUCAAACAGGAAACAAGCCAGAUAAAACAGGAAGCUGCCAAUUUCCAGUUUGCCUUCUGACCUCUGACCUUCCCUUUGAUUGGUUAAAAGUCAUCGAAGUCUUUGUUUUCAUAUCAGUGUUUCACACGUAACAAAAAAGCUCAAAAGUCAAUUCAAUUCUUUUGUUUCAUAUUUAAGUUUAAUUUGGUUAAAGAAAUGGUAAAAAAGGUUUCAUGUUUUGUUAAAAAAUUUGUAAAAGUUUUGUAACAUUUAAAAAUGACAGUCUCGAACCAGGUGGGGGGCGGGGUCAAACCAAGCCAAAGUUUGUGUGCCUUUUAAUUGGACCAACACGUUUUCUUAUUAUGACAUCACUUCCUGUUUAAAUGGCGUUCCAAUGUUUUUAGUUACUACUCUUUACUUUAUUUUGAACAUAUUUUGCAUUUGUUGUCACGUUACAAGGAACAAAACUUAAUUCACAUGAUGAUUUUUUUGAAGUAUGUUCAUAACUGUGACAUCAUUGCCUCUUUGAUGUUUCAUUUGAUUAAACACUAAUGUCAAUGUCCCGCCCACCCAUGCAUCAGUCAGUCCAAACCAAAGGAAGCAGUUUAAACACGUUACAUGUUACAACACGUUUCGUGACACAUGGAACAAACUGGUCACAUGGAGGAGCUCCUGUUACAUGUAGUUUGUAUGUUACUCUAUUACUCACUUAAAUACUUGUAACUAUGUAGAUACAUGUGAACAUUAAAUACUCUAACAUUACAGUUACUUUUUAAACACAUAUUUGUCCCACGUCUGUUUGUUACACAUGUGUACUUGUAUGUAAUUUAAACCUUGAUACAUUAGACAUGAAUACUUGUGUUUGAUUUACUUCAUCAAUUUUACACUACCCUCUAGUUAGAUUACAAACACGUUACUUUUGUUAUAAUACUGACAAGAACAAGAGGAACAUGUAUGUUUAUGUUGCACAUGUUUACUGCAUGUUACAUGCUUGCAACACGUUACAUGAGAAGCAGGUACCGUCACUUGUAACAUGAAAACAUAAAAAACCCUUUCAGAA